AUUUCGAUUUCUCAUUCUAAUUGGUGGUCAAAAAAUAUCGCAGCAAGAAGAGGAACGAUGAUUUUGAAAGUACACGUAUCCUUGAUGCUUCUUCUCCAAUUUCUCGUCACCGCCACCACUGCGGACACCGUGUGCCACGGAUACGAAUUAAGUGUACACAACGAUAUUGACGUCGGAUUGUUGACUGAAAAACCAUGCACUCAUGUCCACGGAGACAUUGUCAUCGAGAACUUGAAUGGUGGAAAGCGAAUGUCAACUUAUUGGAAUAUUCAAGAACUCCAUGGAUCUCUGACCAUCAAGAACACCAAGAACUUGGGAGAUUCUGUGAAUCUUCAAAAUCUGAAAGUGAUCCAGGCGGAGAACAAGCCGGCUAUUGUGCUGAUGAAUAAUGUUGGGUUGAAGUUGGCGAUCGGUGCACGUCUUGGUGAUGUUUCAACUCGUCAUCCGAUCAUGUACUAUUUCAAAGAAAACUCUCCAGCCGCCAUGACAGAAAGUCAACACCACAUCUUGUACCAUGCAUCCCGCAGUCUUCGUCCGAUAUUCUACACUGAUAAUCAUUUCAUCACCAAGCCCUGCAAUGAGAGUACCUACAGAUUUUGGAUCUUUGUGUUUGGAACCUUCAGUACUGCAAUUACCAUUGUGCUCAUUGGCUACUCGUUUUACGGAAGACCGAUGAAACAGAAAGCACUCUAAUUUUUUUAAAGAAGAGUUUAUAGUAAAUCUGGUGAUUUUUUUAUCAAUAAAACUGUAAAAGACGCAAAA